UGUCUGAGCUGUCAGCCACGUCACCUCCUCUGAAUCAACUUUCCUAUCAGACCGCUGCACACAGAGCUGAGUUUGAGAGCGGAAUCGAUACACAUUUAGCCUGUUUGUCUGCGUGCAUUUAGGUAACUAGCCAACGAGCGGUCGGACAAAGUGGAAGUCUUCUCACCGUUUUAUCUCGUCUCGUUUUUUGGCACGCACGGAGUUUGUGUUUGAGCAGCUCUGCCCUGUCUCCUGGGGACGCGAAAGGCCUGUAAGGUUUUGUAACAAAGUUUUGUUUGUAAAACGGAACAUAAACAACAUGAACGUCUUUCGUUUGGCGGGUGACGUGUCACAUCUGGUGGCUAUCAUUAUCCUGUUGCUGAAGAUAUGGAGGUCCAGGUCCUGUGCGGGUAUCUCUGGGAAGUCUCAGGUGCUGUUUGCACUUGUUUUCACCACCAGGUACCUUGACUUGUUCACAGUCUUCAUCUCUGCCUAUAAUACGGUCAUGAAGGUGGUGUUCCUGGCUCUGUCCUAUGCCACUGUGUACCUGAUCUACAUGCGCUUCAGGAACACGUACGACUCGGAGAAUGACACGUUCCGUGUGGAGUUCCUGUUAGUGCCUGUCAUCGGACUGUCCUUCCUGGAGAACUAUGCUUUCACCCCAAUGGAGGUCCUUUGGACGUUUUCCAUCUUCCUGGAGGCGGUGGCCAUAAUGCCGCAACUCUUCAUGAUCACCAAGACUGGCGAAGCAGAGUCCAUCACCACCCACUACCUGUUCUUCCUGGGCCUCUACCGAGCCCUCUACAUAGCCAACUGGGUGUGGCGUUAUCACACAGAGGGCUUCUUUGACCAGAUCGCCGUGGUGUCUGGCGUUGUCCAAACCAUUUUCUACUGUGAUUUCUUCUACCUUUAUGUCACAAGGGUGCUUCGAGGAAAAGGGAAGAUGACUCUGCCGAUGCCCGUUUAGAACAGACGUCGUGCCGUGCAGCCGCCCACCUGUGCCUGCUGCAGCUCAGCAUCUGAACACAGACCUUGCCCUGCAACUGUACAUGUAUUUAGCAAAGGGACUAACGGUCUGACAUCAUUCUGUAGACCAAAAUGAGCGCAACUCUAGAAAUUGAAUUUCUGUCCGAAUGGUACUUUGUGUGUGAGUGUGCGUGUUUGCGAGUGUGUGGGCGCAUAUGUUAUUCAUACAUGCUCUGUUGUGGUCAGGAGUUUGUGAUGAAUGUUUCGUUUUUGUUUUGUCUUUUUUCUUCUUCAUAAGAUGCAGAUGUGACACUAGAACUGUGUCUCUGAUGUGCAUGUGGAAUUUAAAUUCAGGCGAGUGAGUGACACUAUGGAAACUGCGUAUUUGUCCUUACUUUCCCCUUUUAGGUGCGUAGACAUCAUUGGGUUCUGCAGACUGAUGUAAUGUCCAAUCCAUAAAAAUGUACCUGAGGUUGUCUGUAACAUCUCUGUACAGCUCUCAGUCAGAUUAUCUGUAGCUCUAGUUUCUACUCAGUAAAUAUCCAGUUCCAGUGUUUCCUGUGUUAAAACUGUAAGAGUGCUCAGACUUUGACGUCAAAGGUUCCUACACCUACACCACAUUUGACAAACCCAGUCUGGCCCAGUGAUGUACAGUAAUGACAGAUAUUUUGUAUUUGUGCAUAUGUACUUUAAUCUUCCACAAAGUGUCUUCCUCUUUGGAUCUAUAAUGUUAGUCACUCCCUGAGUAGCUUACUGUAUUAUAUGCAAAUAUAUAUUUUUCCCUUGUUGCCAAGUAUAUUAACUUUUAGUACUUCCUUUUUUUGUAUUUCAGUGUACUUCUUCAUGGGAGAAAAAAGGGCUAAACAUUUGGUCAUGUCAUAAAUGAAGCCAAAGAUGGAACAGAUAACUGCUGUGAUGUUUCAGUCAAACAGAUGUUUUUGUCUUUCCUUGGUAGUUCCCUUGACUGAGCUGUCUGAAUGCAUCAGGAGUAAAAAAUAGGAAAAUGGCAUCGUAGUGUCUUGGAUUUCUAUAAAAUGUUAGAUUAACACUUACAAACGUGUUACUGAAAGAAAGUUGAAUUGCACACCAUUUUUGUAACAUUACUUUUAUUACAUGCAACUUCUCUUAA